CUCGCCGCGCGCCUUAUCUGUCUGCCCCGGGAGGGCACCCAGUGCGGGGUUCUCACUCAGCCGCAGGUGGGGGCGGGAGCGAGGCGGAGGGAGGGAGGUAGCGCGGGUGGCGGGCCCCUCCCCUCCUCCUCCCACCACCGCCACCGCGGAGAGCGCAGGGAGCAGUCGGGGGCUCGGCGGCAGCGGCGUCUGGCCCCAGCUCCUCCUCCUCUUUUUCCUCCUCCUCCAUCUCCUCGCUCCCUCCAUCUGCCGUGGUUAUGGCCCUUCGCUGGAGCACAAAAGAGUCUCCGCGGUGGAGGUCUGCGCUCGUCUUGCUUUUCCUCGCCGGUGUGUACGGAAAUGGUGCUCUUGCAGAACAUCCUGAAAAUGUGCAUAUUUCAGGAGUGUCAUCUGCCUGUGGAGAGACUCCAGAACAAAUUCGAGCACCAAGUGGAAUAAUCACAAGCCCAGGCUGGCCUUCUGAGUAUCCCGCCAAGAUCAACUGUAGCUGGCUCAUAAGGGCAAACCCAGGGGAAAUUAUUACCAUAAGUUUUCAGGACUUUGAUAUUCAGGGGUCCAGACGAUGCAGUUUGGACUGGCUGACAAUAGAAACAUACAAGAACAUCGAAAGUUACCGGGCUUGUGGCUCAACAAUCCCACCACCAUAUAUUUCCUCACAAGACCACGUGUGGAUCAGGUUCCACUCCGAUGACAGCAUCUCUAGAAAGGGUUUCAGAUUGGCGUAUUUUUCAGGGAAGUCAGAGGAACCGAACUGUGCCUGUGAUCAGUUUCGCUGUGGAAAUGGAAAGUGUAUUCCGGAAGCCUGGAAGUGCAACGACAUGGACGAAUGCGGGGAUAGUUCCGAUGAAGAGAUCUGUGCUAAGGAAGCUAAUCCCCCAACAUCUGCCUCUUUCCAGCCCUGCGCUUAUAACCAGUUCCAGUGUCUGUCUCGGUUUACCAAAGUUUACACCUGCCUCCCCGAGUCUUUAAAAUGCGAUGGGAACAUUGACUGCCUGGACCUAGGAGACGAGAUAGACUGUGAUGUGCCAACAUGUGGGCAGUGGUUAAAAUAUUUUUACGGUACUUUUAAUUCUCCCAAUUACCCAGACUUCUAUCCUCCUGGGAGCAAUUGCACCUGGCUAAUCGACACUGGCGACCACCGUAAAGUCAUUUUACGCUUCACCGACUUUAAACUGGACGGGACUGGUUACGGUGACUAUGUGAAAAUAUACGAUGGGUUAGAGGAGAACCCGCACAAGCUCUUGCGUGUGUUAACUGCCUUUGAUUCUCAUGCGCCUCUUACCGUGGUUUCUUCCUCUGGACAGAUAAGGGUGCAUUUUUGUGCAGACAAAGUGAACGCUGCCAGGGGAUUUAAUGCCACUUACCAAGUAGAUGGCUUCUGUCUGCCAUGGGAAAUACCCUGUGGCGGUAACUGGGGCUGUUACACCGAGCAGCAGCGCUGUGACGGGUACUGGCAUUGCCCAAACGGAAGGGAUGAGAUCAACUGCACCAUGUGCCAGAAGGAAGAGUUCCCGUGCUCCCGAAACGGCGUCUGUUAUCCACGUUCCGAUCGCUGCAACUACCAGAAUCACUGCCCAAACGGCUCAGAUGAAAAAAACUGCUUUUUCUGCCAGCCUGGAAAUUUUCACUGUAAAAACAAUCGCUGUGUGUUUGAAAGCUGGGUGUGCGAUUCUCAGGAUGACUGCGGUGAUGGCAGCGACGAGGAGAAUUGCCCGGUCAUCGUGCCCACCAGAGUCAUAACUGCCGCCGUCAUCGGGAGCCUCAUCUGCGGCCUGUUGCUCGUCAUUGCGCUGGGCUGCACCUGUAAGCUUUACUCCCUGAGAAUGUUUGAGCGGAGGUCAUUUGAAACGCAGUUGUCAAGAGUGGAAGCAGAAUUGCUAAGAAGAGAAGCCCCUCCCUCUUACGGACAGUUGAUCGCUCAGGGUUUAAUUCCACCAGUUGAAGACUUUCCUGUUUGUUCGCCUAACCAGGCCUCUGUUCUGGAAAACCUGAGGCUGGCUGUGCGAUCGCAGCUCGGAUUCACUUCCAUCAGACUCCCCAUGGCAGGCAGAUCCAGCAGCAUUUGGAAUCGCAUCUUUAAUUUUGCAAGAUCACGUCAUUCGGGGUCUUUGGCUCUGGUCUCAGCGGAUGGUGACGAGGUUGUCUCUAGUCAGAGCACCAGCAGAGAACCUGAAAGAAACCACACUCACAGAAGUCUGUUUUCCACGGAGUCAGACGACACCGACACGGAAGCUGAGAGAAGAGACGCGGCAGGAGCGUCCGGUGGGGUUGCAGCUCCGUUGCCCCAGAAAGUCCCUCCCACAACAGCAGUGGAAGCCACGGUGGGAGCCAGUGGAAGUUCCUCAACCCAGAGCACCCGAGGCGGUCACACGGAUAAUGGAAGGGAUGCGAGCAGUGCGGAACCCCCAAGUGUGAGUCCAGCCCGACACCAGCUCACAAGUGCACUAAGUCGUAUGACUCAGGGGCUGCGUUGGGUACGUUUUACAUUAGGGCGGUCAAGCUCCGUCAGUCAGAACCAGAGUCCUUUGAGACAGCUUGAUAACGGGGCCAGUGGAAGAGAAGAAGAUGAUGAUGUUGAAAUGCUAAUUCCAGUUUCUGAUGGAGCUUCAGACUUUGAUGUGAAUGACUGCUCUAGACCUCUUCUUGAUCCUCCCUCAGACCAAGGACAAGGCUUUAGGCAGCCGUAUUCUGCAACAAACCCUGGAGUGAGGCCAGCUAACCGAGACGGCCCCUGUGAGCGCUGUGGUAUUGUCCACACGGCACAGAUUCCGGACACUUGCUUAGAAGCAACGUUGAAAAAUGAAACGAGUGAUGAUGAGGCUUUGUUACUUUGUUAGGUACGAAUCAUGUGAGGGAGAGUGUACACAAGUUGGAGCAAUAUCCAUUUAUUGUUUUGUAACUUUACAGUUAAACUAGUAUUAAUUUAAACAGAAAAAAGAUGCAGGGUGAUUUCAUAUUAUAUGUUAGCCUGCAUGGUUAAAUUGAACCAUUUGUAACUCUGUGAACUUCAGAGUUUGCUAUUUUAGCAGCUGAAAAUGCAUUAUGUAUUCAUGUUGUUCAGUAAUGUUCUUCCAUUGGUUUCUCAUUGUUUUUAUCCUGGUACUGUAGUUUGUGUUAGAAAUAUGGCUGCUGAAACUCAUUUGAUGUCAGAUCAUCCCUGUUAUAAAAAUUAUUUGUACAAAAGAGCUUCUUUUAAUUGAACCCUUUCUGCUUUUGCCAGUACAUCUUGUUACUUAAUACAUUAGAUGUUAAGGUUGUUGUUGAGCUCCCAAAGGGGGAAGAAGAACCUUAUAUUCACCUGUGUUUUUAUUUAUAUAACAUUUGUCUAAAUAUUGUUGGAUUUCAUCAUAAUAAGAGCUUGUCAGAGGGGAAAAAAACCUUGUCUAAAAUUUUUUCUCUUAUGUUGAACAUGCAGUGAUAUGAAAUUAAUGGCAGAAACAGAACUCUUUUAUAGAUUUUUUUAAUAUUGACUUUAAUACUCUGAUAUGGUACAAACCAAAUGGUAAAAUCCCAAGUCAUUUCUUUCUUUCAUCUCUAUUUAGGGACAGGAUGAAGAUAUUCUACUAUGCAUUAAAUCUUAAACUUUAUAAAACAUGUACAGAAGUUGUACAAGAUAAGUUCCAGCUGGUCGUGUCUUUCCCUGGUUCAGGGUUAUGCUUGCAUUGGACCCUAGGGAUUUGCACUGAAAUCGUACAAGUCUCAGAUGAGUUUAGUGCACAUGCACUAUCACUUUAAAUACUAUUAUUUGCUACCACAGUGACUAUAUAUUUCCAUAGCUUUGGGGAUUGUGGGGGGCAUUUUUAUUACAACUUGAAAUUGCUUUGCUGGUUUUAUAUUUAUUUUGUUGUAUUUAAAGACUGCAUUAUUAUAAGAAAGUGACUUUCGAUAUAUUUUAUUCAUGAGGGGGAUCAUGCUACACGUUGAAAAACGAAUGAAGAAAUCAUUUAGAUCAGACCCCUGUUUUAAGUAGACUGAUUUGCAAGCCCCACAUUAUUUUUAUUGUCAGUUCUCGUUUAUUUAUUCUUUAGGUGUCUUUUAGUAUCUUAAUGAUUGAGUAUGAAAAAUGUAUUUGUGUGUGAUUAUGGCUAUUUAUUAAAUUUUAAAUACUUUGCUGAAUGUCAUUUUCAAGCAUGUUUGAGGUCUUGUGUAUUUGUCGUGUUAUGCUGUCAGGAAGAACUGACUGAAAUGUUUUAAUAUGUAUCAAAAAUUAAAAUGACUUUUUUGGUAUUGUUUUGGGGUUCUUUUUAAAUCAAAGUUGCUCUUUAUUUUUGUUUCUUUUGGUGCAUCUACAAAUUCAGGCCAUAAAAUAUGUAGCACGUCUGGAAGAAAAACCGAAAGGGAGGUGACAUUCUUCCUUAACUACCUUAUAAUAAGAUAGUAGCUUACACCAGUACUGGAGGAUUAGAAUCCCUAAGGACCUGCAUAUGGUUUUGUCUUUGAAAGAAAACUGCCUCUGACUGAUAUAUCUUCAAAGGUACCGUAACUCAAUCAGUUCUCUUGACAUAAUAUGUUUGGAUGCAUUUCAGACCCUAUAGAAUAUACUACUGUGUAUAGGUUUUGGGGAGUUAGUUUCCUGGCAUGUGUUCAAUUUUUUUUUAUUAACUAAUAAGUCUUCCUGGGUCAGAAGGUAAAAAGUGCACCUCUCUCCUACCCCUGACACCCGUCUUUUAAUUCCCUUCGUAGAGACAGAUACCAAUACCAGCUUCUAUACCCCUCCAGAAAUGCCAUAGAGAUACCUACAUAUAUCCAUAUAUAUGCAAAUUGUAUUAUACUAUGCAUACUUUUUCUGUAACCUUUUCAAGGAAAAAUAUAUCAGAGUAAUAUUAGAAGCAAAGUUAGGUAUUUCUAUUAUUUGAUUCUUCACAUUAGAUCAUUGGUCUAGCCUGAAUGUGUCUCUAUCAUUUUUCCUCAGGUUAUUCUAGUUACCCCAAAGCUGUUUAUCACAUAAAUCCAUCCUUUCUUUACUGUUUAAAAUGACCCUUUUAUCAUAUAGUACAUUUCCAUAUUAUUUGACUGUGCUCUGAGUCUCAAAUUCCAUUUCUUUUCAUUGAUCUGCCUUUUUGUACCAGUCCUAGACUGUUUUAAUGACUAUAAUUUCAAGUGUUUCAAAUAUUCCUGUUUAUUUUUCCAUUGGAGCUUUGGAGACCACUUGUUCAGUUCUGCAAAACAAAUCCAUUGGUACUUAGAUUUUUUUUAGAUAGAUGUACUCUUAUAGAAGUCGUGAAAUUUGACAUGAUUGUGUUAGAUUUUCUAAAUCAUGGUGCCCUAUCUUAAAAUGGUGCCCGUUUUGGUCUUUGCCAGAAGCCAUCUAGUGGUUUAUUUCAGCAUUACAGUUCCUUAUUUUGCGACUCAGUUCAAUUACUUGUUUUUUGUAACAUUCAGAUGAACUACUUUGAAGGCAAAACUGUAAAUUAAAUUGUAAAUGAGGCUGACUAUGAGUUUGGAGCUCCAAAGAAGGCUACAAUAAAC